CGAUCGAAGCAAAACAAAACCCGAUGAGCGAAACCGGGCGAAGACAGCAGCGCACAGCUUGCUGUGGUUUGGAAUUUUUUUUGUCUCGUCCUACUGCUGCUGCCGUUUUUUUUAUCUUUUUCGCACGUCCAAGACGAACCGAAACGGGAGGAAGGCUUGUGCCGUUGGUUUGUGGGUGCAUCUAUAAAAAUGCGCCCGAUCGAAGUCGGAAGGCAGCAUUAGCGAUUUGUCGGUUCGAUUGAUAGGACGGUGUGGUGUGGUCAAGUACAUCUCUCGGGUUGGUGCGUUUGCAGUUCGUUUGCAGUUUGCAGCUCGAUGCCAUUUGGUGCAGUUUGGUUGUUUCUUUAACGCGUGUUUUGUUUGCAAUUCGCUCACUAUAUUAUUGCUGUGCAGUUCGCUCGUUGCUCAUAAUUAACGCCGGAAGUGGUACUACUACUACUGUGGGGUGGUUUGUGAUCGAUACAGAUACGGAGAAAAGUGAACGAACGCGAUUUGUUGUGCUGUUGUGUUUCGGUGCUGUUUGAACAACGUUUUCCGGAGUAAUUACAUUUGUGCUUCCGCAGAGACCGUAGCGUCGCGACUCCUAACGCCAUGAAGUCCGUUAACGUCGCCCUCGCCGUUGGAUUGGUGGUUUGCCUGAUCGCUAUCGAUGGCAUCGCGGCCCGUUCGACCGUCGACCGCAAGAAGGACUACGACUACGAGUACGAAUCGGGCCUCUCGGGUGGUGGUGGCGGCGGCAGCAGCAGCAGCGGUAGCCACCUGUACGGUGGCAGCAGCUACUCACCGAAAUCGGGCUACAGUGCCGGCAGUGGGCUCCGCUCGAUCGCCCAGGGUUCCGCCGAUCAGGCCAACUCCGCCGUCGCUAACCAGCAUGCCGCAGCCAAGCAGGCUGCGUACGUGGCGCAGAACACGCUCGCCCAGGCGGCUUCCCAGGCGGCCGCCACGGCCCAGGCCGCCCUCGCCGGGAAGCACGUGCUGCUGCAGGGGCUGGAGCAGCAAAGCCUCGAGGCGCAUCAGGCGCUCGAUGCCGAGAUCCAGCAGCUCCAGCAAGCGAAACGAUCGGCCAAGGCGGCCCAGCACGCAGCCCAGCAGGCGCUCAACCACGUGCAGGUGCUCCAGUCCGCCCUGAACAAUGCGCAGGUGGCGGCGGAACACGCACAGCAGAGCGCUAGCGAGGCGGCGGCCGAACUCGCCUCCCAAACGCAGAUGGUCGGUACGGCCAAGCAGCGCGUCGAGGCGCUGGAGGAGCAGCUGAAUGCGGCCCGCGUCGACUUUGAGGCAACGCAGGAGGCGGCCCACAAGGCGGCCGCGUCGGCCCAGGAAGCGCAGAACAAUGCGGCGGAAGCGGCAGCCCACGCCGCCAUCCCGCUCGUGCACGUGGCCCAAUCGAUCGAUCACGGCAGCAGCCACACGCUGCAGGCCAAGAUCGGUAAGGCCGGUCCGAGCACGAAAUCGUUUGGCAAGCAGCACCAGCAGCAGCAACACGAGCUUGCCUCGUCGGAGGAUGAGAUUAACAGUGGGGAGAUUGAGGUGGCGGCCAACCACAACUAUGGCGACUUUCAACCGUCCCAGCAGACGUUCAACUUUGCCGGAUACUGAGCAUGAUCUUCCUGCCACGCUCCUCCACAUGCCCCCGUCUCCCAUGCCCGCCGCCAACCUCGUACAGCAAAGAUCUAUGUUUUAAUAGAGCCCAACAGCAGCAGCAGCAGAAGAAGAAGAAGAAGCGACAAAACAUACACACAGCAUAGGACAACACAAGGAGGGGAAAGAAUGCGUACGACGUGUAUUACGAAGAAGUAGCAGCAGUGUCCAAGAUCAGUGUCAAUGUGCGAGCGCCCGCGCGCUGAAAGUGAAAUCACAUUCGAAGAGGGUGGGGGGGACAACAACCGGAAACGGAUGCCGUAAUCCCGGAAGGUUUGAGCUUUCACGGUCUCUUACUCGUUCGCACUGUCCUCGUGAUCGUGUGUGCUGGCCCAAAAGCCGGUUUGGUAAGUUUUUCCCGCCUCUUCACUCUCGAUCGUUGCUGGUGGAGCUGCUGCUGCUGCUGCUAUCGAUAUUGUCCACAAGCCUGCGCAAGCUUCCCGGUGGACAAUGUGGACACUCCCGGACAGAAGAUGCGAUCGCAAAUUUUGUAUUUAUUUAUGUAACUAUAUCUAUAGCGGAACCGAGAGAUAGAGAGAGAGAGAGAAAGGCGCCGUUGCAGAGACGCGUAACAGAAUUAGUAGAA